AUGGGUCCCGCGAUGCCCCUCGUCGGUCGGAGUCUGGCGAUCUUCGUCGUGUCGAUUGUUAUGAUGUCGAUUUCCGUGUUGGUGGUCUCAUUGAGGAGUUUUGUUCGACUAAGGAUUGUUCGUGCGUUUGGGUGGGAUGAUGGUUUGAUGGUUGCAGCGCUGGCGCUCUUCAUCUUGUUGAACAUCUGUUGCAUUAUAGGAUCGAUGAAUGGAAUUGGUCACUCCUCGGAGGACUUUACAAGCACUGUGACCUACAAGAAAGCUCUGCUGUGGUGGUGGCUCGGCCAAAUGAUCUAUAUCUGGGCUGCCUCAGUCGCUAAAAUAUCGAUUGCACUGGCUCUCCUUCGCCUGACGAUCCAAAAAUCCCAUCGUAUCAUCCUUUGGGGCUUAAUUGGUACUGUAAUCUCGAUUGGGCUCAUGUUCUGGCUCGUUUUACUCUUCGAUUGCCAACCCAUCGGCUACUUCUGGCAUCAAGUCGAUCAAGAUAGCACAGGAAGCUGCCUACCGUUGUCGAUCCUGUUGGACAUUGCCUAUCUUUACAGCUCUCUCACUAUAUUGUGUGAUCUGACUCUUGGAAUUCUCCCUGCCUUCCUGGUCUGGAAUCUCCAAAUGAACCGCAGGACCAAGCUUGCUGUUGGAGGAAUUCUCAGCUUGGGUGCCCUCGCCAGUGUCGCCGUCAUGAUCCGCAUCCCCUUUCUACACUUUUACGCCGACAAAAACUUCCUCCACUCAACCUUCCAAGUGGCAAUCUGGUCCGUCAUCGAAACAGGCCUCGGGAUUACAGCAGGCAGCCUCAUCACCCUCCGACCUCUUUUCCGCUGGCUUCUAGAUGGAACAAGGACCUACAACCGAAAUCCGCCUGGCCCAAGCCAUUCCCGCCAAUACAAAUACCCAUUAUCCAGUCUCAAGCUGGGCAGCAGCCAUGACCCGAGUUACUGGCGUCCUGAUCUGGAUCCCGACGACAGCAAAAGUAUCAUUAUUACUGUCUCAUCGCCGCGAAGACAGCAUUUUACUCUUGCUAGUCAUAGUAGUGAGGAGCCUUUGUAUUCAGAGCUUACCUUGACGCCUUCCCGGAAUCAGGUUACUAUCCAGAAGACAUUCGAGCAGAUUGUUACGGAGCGACCGAAAUAG